CUCUGACUGGUCUCUGACCCUCUGACUGGUCCCUGACUGGUUUAAUGUCUCCUUCAGAACAUAAAUGGAUCCGGUUUCUGUUUCAGACGAGUUCAGGGAAAGUUACGAUCUGCUUCAGUCCAGAAUCAUAACUCAAACGGAUCUGAUGUCAUCAGUGAUCAGGUUCUGCUGGCUGACCUCAGCAGCUAUUUCAGGCCUUUAACUAGGCCAGUGGGUUGCUUCCUGCAGCUGCUCUGCAGAACGAGCUGCAUGUGUCUGAGAGGAGGAGGCAUCCUGCGGGCUGCAGACGAAAACUUUCCCAGCAUUGACUGUUUGUGUUUGACGUUCCUCCAGCCGGAGCGGAUCGACCCGAGCGCCUCCAGGCAGGGCUACGACGUCCGGUCCGACGUCUGGAGUCUGGGAAUCACACUGUACGAGCUGGCCACGGGUCGGUUCCCCUACCCGAAGUGGAACAGCGUGUUCGACCAGCUGACUCAGGUGGUCAGAGGGGAUCCGCCGCAGCUCAGCAACUCGGACGAGCGCCGCUUCUCCCCGAAGUUCAUCUCCUUUGUCAACGUGUGCCUUACGAAGGACGAAUCCAAGAGGCCGAAGUACCGAGAGCUGCUGAGAGACCCGUUCAUCCAGAUGUACGAGGAGCGCUCUGUGGACGUGGCCGGGUACGUCUGCAGGAUCCUGGAUCAGAUGCCGGCGUCUCCCAGCUCCCCCACGUACAUGGAGUGAGAGCCGGACAGGAAACGAUCCGGCAGCAACAAACGCAGCAACAAAUCUUUGUGUAAAAUCGCUUGGUCCCCUUAUUGCAGUGUUACGAGAAAAAAAGCACCAUUACGGUUCAGUCUGUAUAUAUUCCUGCACUUCUGUUUCUCUAUUGUUCCCCCUCACACACACACACACACACACACACACACACACACGUCAGGACCUGGAUCACUCAGCUGUUGGUAUCAGUGACUCCCAGGAAAAAUUAUGUGUAAAUUGUAUUUAUGGAACCAAAAUGAUGUGGACUGGAAUCAUCCUGGGCUAGCUGCUAGCUGCUAGCUGCCUCACCUGUGUGGCGCCUGAACGCCGCGGUGCGUUCAGGCCGCGGUGCGUUCAGGCCGCGGUGCGUUCAGGCGCCGUGCUGAUGAAUGAAUAAAGACGGCAGAAAGGAAA